AUGUACCGUUGGGCGUGUGACCGCCUUGAAGAGGAGCCGAAUUUCGAGGCCUUCCGUCUGCUCUACAAAAUCCGCGACUCGACCAACUGUUUCUCUAUCGGGAGGCGGGACGGUACCGUCGGGUUUGUUUCUGGGGCGCCCAAAUUGGAUUCUCCUUGGUACAAGGAGUACUUUUUUGCGCGCCCGUCGGCGAAGUGGUAUUCGGGAGAUCUGGAGCCGCCCACCGGUUAUGCGGUCGGUUCCAAAGAGACUUGGUGCGCCUCUGGUCAGUUUCCUCAAUCCGUGAAGGAUCAUGUGGCCCGCAUUGUGGAUGGUUUUCAACUUCGGGUGCUACACAGCGGUUCUGAGAGCGCUUAUCAACAUGUUCGCAGUUUUUAUGGUUUGAGGGAGCUUGCAAAUGCUAACCGCCCAAAGUCGAAGAAGCGGGUGGGGACAUCCGCGAAGGUCGGAGUCGAAGCUUCCGCCACAGCCGCCGUAGGGAAGACGUCGUCAGUGACCGCACCUCCUACUGUUGCGGUGACUGCUGCGCCCACGGUGGUGACGCGGGGCGCGGGUAAGAGGCCGCUCGAGGCGGGCCCUCCUCAGGUACCCGCGAAACACGCCAAGACAGGGGAACCGAGGGGUAAGGGAGUUCGGCAAUCUGAGCCGCCUCGCUCCGUGGAGAUUCCUCCUUUGGCGGCCACUGAUACUGAGGCCGCCGAGUUGGCUUUACACACUGUGAGUGAUCUGCUGGUUAUGCCUUCGGAGUAUACCGCCACUUCCCGGGGGAGCAACAGGCGGCUUGCUGGGGUGGCAUCGCAAUUUUUCUUCUCGGCACAGAUUGGGUUCUCGCAACUCAUAAUGUUGAACGAUCGCUUGUCCAAAACCGUUGAUCAGAAUGCGGUCGAGAUUGCCAAGUUGAAGAAGAGUGCGGCUGAGGGGCGCUCGGCAUUGAUAGCAGAAGUGCGAGCAGACAUAGAGCGGUCUUUCCAUGAGCGGCUGACUAAGAAGGAGCAAGAGUUGUCAUCGGAGAAGGAGAUGCGUAGGGCGGCUGAGGAGGAGCGGGAUCGUCUUCAGCGGAAACUUCUUCGAGCCGAAGAGAUCGAGAAGACCCUGCUGGAGGAACAGGAGUCUCUUCAGAAAAGGAUCGACGCGCUUAAGCAAGAAAAAACCGCCCUGGAGCAAGACCGUGAGACCGACUUGGCUGCCGCUCGGGCUGAAGCGGGACCGGCUUACUUACAAUCUCCCGAGUUUCAAGCACUCGAUCGAGAGAAGUAUAAGAAAAUCGUGGGUGAUGUAGUGGCCGCGAUUCGUCACUUAUUCCGCGACGACCAACCGGAGGCGGUUUGGGACACAGACAGAGUUUGGGACGCAAUUGGCUGCUGGACUGAUGCCGAUGUCAACUCUGAGGCUAACGAAGAGGAGGGUGAAGAGGAUAAGGAAGCGGGUGAUGCCGAGGGAGGCGACCCUGGUAGUGAGCGGUCACCUAGUGUUUGA